AUGACAACUUUAAACUCCAGCAAUACCCUGUCCUCCACAUUCUAUCUCACAGGUAUUCCUGGUUAUGCAGAAUAUCACCAUUGGAUUUCCAUUCCUUUUUGCCUCCUCUACCUUAUUGGAAUAAUGGGUAACUGUACCAUCCUGCAUAUUGUCCGGACAGACCCCAGACUCCAUGAACCCAUGUACUAUUUCCUGGCGAUGCUCUCUCUCACUGAUAUGGGAAUGUCCAUGCCAACAAUGAUAACACUCUUUAGGGUAUUGUGGUCUAUUUCCAAUGAGAUAGAAUUCGAUAUCUGUGUGAUCCAAAUGUUUUUUAUUCAUACAUUUUCUUUCACUGAAUCAUCUGUGCUCUUGGCCAUGGCCCUUGAUCGUUAUGUGGCCAUCUGCCAUCCUCUAAGAUAUGCUACCAUUCUUACCCCAAGACUUAUCACUAAGAUUGGAAUCGCAUCUUUUCUCAGGAGUGCCUUUGCAAUGAUUCCACUUUUGGCUCGGCUGCCCUUCUUUCCUUUCUGUCGGUCCCACAUUUUGUCGCAUUCCUAUUGUCUACAUCAGGACAUGAUUCGUCUUGCAUGUGCUGAUGUUAAAUUUAAUGUUAUUUACGGAUUGGUUCUGAUCACUGUGCUGUGGGGCAUGGAUUCUAUGGGUAUUUUUGUCUCUUAUGUGUUUAUUCUUCAUUCCGUGUUAAAAAUUUCAUCACGUGAGGGGAGGCUUAAGGCCCUCAAUACAUGUGCAUCCCACAUCUGUGCUGUGCUCAUUUUAUAUGUGCCUAUGAUUGGGCUAUCUAUAGUUCAUCGUUUUGCUAAACACUCCUCUCCACUCAUCCAUAUCUUUAUGGCUCAUAUCUACUUAUUAAUUCCACCCGUACUCAACCCAAUAAUCUACAGUGUGAAGACUAAGCAGAUUCGCCAGGGAAUCCUUCACCUGCUUCUUCGACAAAAGAUCAGUUCUACUGUUACGUAA